UGUAUUAAUCUCCGAGACGAGAGGUCGCCCCUCCCCCUUUUUAAACCCAGGCGGGAGUUCGGUUCUCUUACUGUCGAGGCGUCGAAGCUGGUGUUUUUAACCUCCGGCAACAUGGUGAGGACCAAGGCUGAUAGCGUCCCGGCGUCGUACAGAAAAGCUGUCGCUGCGUCUGCACCCCGGAAGUCUCUGGGCUCCUCCAGCUCCUCCAACUCCUCAGGAGGCAGCAGUCAGAGCUCCACUCCUGGAAAGAAAUAUGCAGGCGGGAACCCGGUAUGUCCCCGUCCUACCCCAGCAUGGCAGAAGGGCAUUGGCGAUUUCUUUGGUGGACCGAGUAGGAAACCUGAGAAAGAGAACCAGCUCCCCAAAGUGGAUGAUGAAGAGGCCGGAGGUAGUGGGAUUUCCAAAAUGAGCAAGUCCAGACCAUUGCCCAGUGAAGAUGAAGAUGAUGAAUAAGUCGCUUCAAUUGUGUCCUAGUUGCCCUGCUGUUGCCUCUGUUGGUUGAAGGGGCUUGUUUUUUUAUGUAUAUCUGUAUAUAAAUACUGUUCAUUUUGUAUUGAAUUUCAGUAAACGUUUUAAUUUUUGUUUUGUUUCUGUAGUAGUUCUAUUUAGAUCCAUUAAAGAAUUUCCCCUCUGGCCUUAAAUAAGAAGCAAAAAGGACGUGGACAUAAGUGCACAUGAUCAAAAUAUGAGUUCAACACCUUGGCACAAUUUUAAUGUGAUUACUGUUGUUGAUAGAUGUUACUAUUAUUGUUUUAUUGUUGAAAGUGUCAUCUGCUGUUUUCCUGUUAGCGUUUCAUUGGACUG